AUGCCCUUUUCCCUCCGACUUCCCAGAAACUCGAGGCAAACGCUCUGCAUCGUCUUUGCCGACAUCAAUGAGGAACGCACAAAAUACAUCAACGACACCCCGUCGUAUCGUGUCAUCGAGGUCGGAUCCGACGGCACGUCGGAAAACAUCGUCACAAACUUCCGUGCCGUCAACUCGUGCACACACGAGGAGGACCUGCUCGAGGAGAUCCGCACUGCCGACAUUGUCACCUGCGCCGUCGGUCCCAAGAUCCUGAGCUGCAUCGCUCCCCUCAUCGCCAAGGGCAUCGACCGUCGGUCCAACGACGAGACGCCUCUGCACGUCAUCGCCUGCGAGAACGCCAUCGGCGCCACCGAUACGCUCGCCGGAUACAUCAGGGAGAACACCCCCUCGGACCGGCUCGAGGAUCACCACAUGCGUGCCCGCUACGCCAACUCGGCCAUCGAUCGCAUCGUGCCCGCUCAGGACCCCGGCGCCGGCCUCGACGUCAAGCUCGAACGGUUCUUCGAGUGGGUCGUCGAGAAGGGUCCGUUUGAGGACAUUGGCAUCCCCGAGAUCGAAGGCAUCAACUGGGUCGAUGACCUGUGCCCCUUCAUCGAGCGAAAGCUCUACACGGUCAACACGGGCCACGCCACGGCCGCCUACCACGGCUACAACCGUCGCAGGCGCACGGUAUACGAUGCCCUGCAGGACAAGCACAUCAUCGCCCAGGUCCGCGGCGCCCUCAACGAGACCAAGAGGCUCAUCGUCUCCAAGCACGCCAUCGAUGAGGAGCAGCAGUCGGCCUACGUCGAGAAGAUUCUCAAGCGCAUCGGCAACCCUCAUCUGGAGGAUGCCGUCGACCGCGUCGGCCGCGCCCCCAUGCGUAAGCUGUCGCGCAAGGAGCGCUUCGUCGGCCCGGCCGCCGAACUGGCCGAGAAGGGCGAGUCGAUCGAGUACCUCCUCAACGGUAUCGAGAUGGCCUUCCGCUUCCAGGACGUCGGCGAGGAUGAGGAGUCGAGGGAGCUGUCCCAGAUCAUGUCGGAGAAGACGCCCGAAGAGGUCGUCUCUAUGGUGUGCGGCGUCCAGGCUUCGGAGAAGAUCUAUCCGCGACUCGUCGACGUGGUGAAGCGUGUCCAGGACGACAGCCGCGACGAUUGA